AUGACCAGCUACAACAUCCACUGGAUACGACAGAAACCAGGACAAGCUCUGGAGUGGAUUGGUCUGAUGGUUACUGGCUCAAAUUCAGCGAUUUAUUCAGAUUCCAUGAAAGAUCACUUUAUACUGACUGAGGACGUUUCCUCAAACAUGCAGUACUUAGAGGCCAAGAGUCUGAGAGCAGAAGAUACUGCUGUUUAUUACUGCGCUCGAAGAGACACAGUGACUGAAGCUGAUGAAGCAGCUGACGGUCCUUCCUCACACACUACUGGAGCAUCUCAGCCUCUCAGCAUCUUCAUCUCUUCAGCAGAGUCCACACACACACACACACACAUACACACAGACACACAACAGACAGCCAUGUUCUACACACUUCUGCUAAUUCUGACCACAGCAGCUUCCUAUGUUGAAUGUGAUGUUGCUCUGACACAGCCAAGUUCAGAGAUGUUAAAACCAGGAGGAUCUCUGAGCAUCAGCUGUAAAGUAUCUGGUUACUUAAUUACUGAUAGCAGCUAUGUGACGGGUUGGAUUCGACAGCCUGCAGGAAAAGCUCUGGAGUGGAUUGGUUAUAUUAAUAUCCAUGGUAGCACAGCUUACAGUGAUAAACUGAAAAACAAGUUCAGCAUCUCCAGAGACACUGGAACUAACACAAUAACAUUACAAGGACAGAACCUGCAGACUGAAGAUACAGCUGUGUAUUACUGCGCAAGACUCUCACAGUGAUACAC